AUCCCUCAGUCGCGGAGAGUCUUGCAGGCUCUGGGAGAAGAGCUGGGACAUAAGGCUGAGACCAAGAGAGCCAGAGUACCAGGCAAUAACCAGGAUUCUCAAGUUAACAUCUCUACUUAGCGCGGCUGCGCAGCUGGCGAAUCCCGCGCUUCGUUCCGCAAGGGGGCGCUCGGCUGGACACCGACUCCAGGGGAGACGGGGUUGCGGAAAGGCGGAGCCGUGUCUAGCAAGAUGGCGCUCCCCGCGUUGUUGCGCCAGUUCUCCAAGCUGCUGGCUCCAGCUAGGCUCCCAAGCAGCUCUUCAGCGCGAUCAAAGUUCUACGUUCGGGAUCCGCCACAUGACAAACCUGACUGGCUGAAAGUUGGACUGACCUUGGGCACCUCCGUCUUCUUGUGGAUCUAUCUCAUCAAACAACAUAAUGAAGAUGUUUUAGAGUAUAAAAGAAGAAAUGGGUUGGAAUAAACUAUUGAAAUACUAAUAUGGUAUGUUCCAUAUAGUGAUUAUACUAGUUCCUUUGGAUUCACCAAUCUGUUGAGUUGUAAACGUGAAAGAAAAAGUUGUAUGUGAAUGUAUGUCAAAUCAGCAUUUGUGUUUUGCAUCAUUAAAUGAAAAAAUAAAAAUACUUCUGUAUUCUUCAGAUUA